AUGGAGGAUCGCAGCCACCGCAUCGAGACAACAAUGAGGCAUCUCAGCGUCAACAGCUACACCUAUCUGUCAAACCGCAAAUCUCGCACUGCGUACGAUGCGAAGAAGUUCAACAGAAUUUACAGCGACAUCGCUCGGAAGAUUGGCCUCAAGCAAGUUCCUCAUCGAAUCGCUGUUGAACAGCUGAUCAUCGAACGUCAAAAGCACCUGCCGAGGAUCGUCCAAGUCUACGCCUAUAAUCCCUUCAAUCGUUCUCCGCCACAACGAUCAGAGAAUUCACAAGAUUUGCCCGAAAUUGCGAACAUCAGUCCAUCACCAUAUGUUGCGGAUAGAUCGAGACUCAUCAGCGGGGUGGUGUGCAAUCUCAACGAAAACCAUACGCGCAGGUGCUUGUUCAUUGCGGCUAGAGACAUUGAUGCUGUCAAACAUCAGCGCAGCAACCUCGACUUCAAGUAUCGUGACGAAGGACACCAGCUACGAGCCCUCAGCCUACUCAUCUUGCAGUAUGAACUCAGUGUUCGGACCGUACGACCGGACGGAACGGCAGGCAUCUCCAGAAUCACGCCAGAUGAGCUUUAUGAGCUCGUAACAGCUGGGUAUUAUCAACACGUAGGCGGGCAUAGUAGCUAUGAUGCCGACAGUGCGUUCAAUACGGCCUUCAGCGCGUACGACGAGCAAUACCGAUGCUUGAUCGAAGAGUCCGCCAAGCUCAUGGCUGAGCAGGAAGGCGUGCUCCUGAAAGGACCUGAUGCAGUGUCAUUGGCAAGCGAAGUCGACCAGUUGUUGGCGAGGUUGCAAGCUCAGCACAGCGCUGGUAUUGCCGACACCGAGAAGAAAGAUGGUGUAGAGGACUCGGAUUCCGAACUGUCGGAUAUCGACGAGACGAUCUUCGGAGAGGAGUCGGACGCUGCAGUCGCCACAGGAGCUCACUCCGCGUUCGGAGUGCGAAGGGCUAAUGAUGCCAGCCACCAGCGCACAUCUGCAGGAAGCGGAUCUGCUGAGCAGUUUUCUUCGCCGACUCCAACAGAUAAUCUUUCGGUCCAGCCGCUUUAUGCAAACGUAUUCCACAAAGUCGACACCGAUGUCUCCAAUAUCCCGCCUCUCAAUGAUAGCUUGGGCGUGCUGUCUGCCACAGACUCAGUCGUUAACAGGACUAUACCACAAGGUCUUUCUCCUAAGCUCAUUCAAGCCGACAUGGGGAUCCAUGAUAUCAGAGAAGCCAUGCAACGCCUGUUCGAUCGCCAAAAGGAGGCACUGAUGUCGCUCUUCGACGAGGUUGGCUUGAAUCGAACCUUGAGCGGCCUCUUCUUCCGACAGGCGACGGGGCCAUUGAGGUCACUUUAUGAAGCCGGCUGGGGACCCGACUGGCCAGAAACGAGCUCAGCUGUAGGCAGAUCCUGCAAUCCAUCAAGCCUCGAUCUCGUUAUGGCGUUAGUUUCGAUCUCCCUCUAUCAUGCUAUGCUGAAGGAUAGCUCAGGCUGUGUGAAUCGCGUUCUGUCGUCCAGAAUGACUGAAUGCGUGGAAAGUGCAUUCUCUUCGCGAGUUACUGACCGUCGCGAAGAAGUGGCGACCAUGUUUGCUGCGGAGAUUGACUGCCAUUGCUUCGGUUCGGAAGCGUGUGCUGCGAUCCAGCCACAUGUCCAGCAUACACUCGACAGCUACGGUGCCAACGCCAAGGCGGACUUGCCGGAGAGCUUCAAGACAACAAUGCAGCCAAUUAUCAAGGAUCUGGGCGGAUUAGUUGUCGAAGUGAUCGAGCGCUUGCCCUCGGAUAUCAAGCUUACAUUCGACUGCCCAUCGUAUGGAACGCCGCUAGAUACCACAACGAUGAGCUUUAGGAACCGUCCGCGCGAUAUUGACGCCUCCGCUAUCGCUUUUGCUCUGUUUCCAGGUCUUGUAAUGUGCUACCCUAGCGGUGCAGUGAAGACAGCCUAUCAUGCGCAGGUAGUGACGUAUACGACGUUCAAUAACUAG